CAGACUCCAGUGAACCCGGAUUGACCUUACGACCAGCCACCAUGUCUAUGCAAAUUUUUGGUGAAGAGGCAACCGAGGAGAAAGCAGAAAAUGCGCGUCUCUCCUCCUUCGUCGGAGCUGUUGCAUUGGGCGACCUCGUCAAAUCAACGCUGGGCCCCAAAGGGAUGAACAAGAUCCUUCAAUCAGGCUCUACGGGGGACAUCAACGUGACCAACGACGGCGCUACGAUCCUCAAAGCGAUCCAGUUAGAUAACGCUGCUGCCAAGAUCCUUGUCAAUAUCUCCAAAGUGCAAGACGAUGAAGUAGGCGAUGGCACGACGAGUGUCUGCGUGUUGGCGUCUGAGCUGCUGAGAGAGGCGGAGAAGCUGAUCGCGCAGAAGAUACAUCCACAGACGAUCGUGGAGGGAUACAGGAUCGCGAGUCGGGCUGCAUUGGGCGCACUUGAGAAAGCUGCUAUUGAUCACGCAUCGGAUGUGACGCAGUUCCGUCAGGAUUUGUUCAAUAUCGCCCGGACAACGUUAUCGUCGAAAGUACUCUCUCAAGAUAAAGAAUAUUUUGCUAAUCUUGCCGUGGAUGCCGUUCUUCGAUUGAAGGGAUCUACGGAUCUUGAACAUAUCCAAGUUAUCAAAAAAGUGGGUGGUAAGCUCACAGAUUCAUAUCUAGAUGAAGGUUUCAUCUUGGAUAAAACUAUUGCUACCAACUCGCCCAAACGACUAGAAAAUGUUAACCUUCUUAUUGCAAAUACUUCCAUGGACACCGAUAAGAUCAAAAUCUUUGGUGCUCAUAUAAAAGUCGAUGGGACUGGCAAGCUUGCUGAACUUGAGCGAGCGGAGCGGGAAAAAAUGAAGGCCAAGGUCGAAGCCAUUGCAUCUCACGGCAUCAACUGCUUUGUCAACCGACAGCUUAUCUAUAACUACCCCGAGUCUCUGCUUACAGAGAAGGGAAUCUUGGUUAUUGAACAUGCCGACUUUGAAGGCGUGGAGCGACUCUCAUUAGUAACAGGCGGUGAGAUUGCCAGUACAUUUGAGAGGCCUGAUCUCGUGAAGCUUGGUCAUUGUGAAUUGAUCGAAGAAAUCAUGAUCGGCGAGGACAAGCUCAUCAAAUUCUCUGGAGUUGCUGCUGGCGAGGCGUGCACGGUUGUCCUGCGAGGAUCAACGAACCAAAUGGUAGAUGAAGCCGAGCGGUCGCUCCACGACGCACUCUCGGUCCUUUCCCAAACUGUAAAGGAGACGCGCAUUGUGCUUGGUGGGGGGUGUUCGGAGAUGUUGAUGAGCUGUGCUGUAGAAGAGGAGGCACGUAAGAUUAAGGGGAAGAAGGCAAUCGCUGCAGAAGCAUUUGGUCGUGCGCUCAGGCAAAUAGCGACCAUCCUGGCGGACAAUGCCGGUUAUGAUUCUUCAGACCUUGUGUCUAGGCUAAGGGCUGCACAUUACGAAGGCCAAGCGGAUGCCGGACUAGACAUGGAAGAAGGCUCUAUUGGCUCGAUGAAGACACUGGGCGUUACUGAGAGUUAUAAAUUGAAAAGACAGGUUGUGAUUAGUGCCAGUGAAGCUGCAGAGAUGAUUAUCAGGGUGGACGACAUCCUUCGGUCUACACCUCGCAGACGUGAAGGAGCGUAAAAAAAGCAUCAGGAUGGAAGUAAGAAUAGAUAGUAUCCUCACAAUAUAAUAUCUUUGCUGUUAUCGCAUCUUGGCAUGGCAUCUGUAAAUUGGCCGUGUAGUGAUCCCUGUUUCCUCCUGUCUUAUUUCCUG